CGAAUCCCCACGCCUUCACCGAAUUCGUAGUCUUCCUCGAGCUCGUUGAGGAGCAACCCCAACCGAUCCGGAUGGCGCCCAAGGCCGAGAAGAAGCCCGCGGCGAAGAAGCCAGCGGAGGAGGAGCCCGCGGCCGAGAAGGCGGAGAAGGCUCCGGCGGGGAAGAAGCCCAAGGCGGAGAAGCGGCUCCCUGCGGGCAAGUCCGCCGGCAAGGAGGGCGGCGACAAGAAGGGGAAGAAGAAGGCGAAGAAGAGCGUGGAGACCUACAAGAUCUACAUCUUCAAGGUGCUGAAGCAGGUGCACCCGGACAUCGGCAUCUCCUCCAAGGCCAUGUCCAUCAUGAACUCCUUCAUCAACGACAUCUUCGAGAAGCUCGCCGCGGAGGCCGCCAAGCUCGCCCGGUACAACAAGAAGCCCACCAUCACCUCCCGCGAGAUCCAGACCUCAGUGAGGCUCGUCCUCCCCGGCGAGCUCGCUAAGCACGCCGUCUCCGAGGGCACUAAGGCCGUCACUAAGUUCACCAGCUCUUAGGCUUUCGGACGUAGUCUCUCGUGCUUGCUCCCCCCCCCCCCCCACCUGUAGUGGCGGUUGCAGCGGCGGUAGUUGCCCUGCCUCUCACCCUCUGUCCUCGUUCCUCCCGUAGUAUUUGGUUGUUUCUGUGUUUUUAAUGGUGGCUGAUCCUUGUACGACGCUUAUGGGAGCUCUGUGAUUCCAGCGUCCUGAUCCUAAAUAGUAACGUUGAUUAUUGCAAUUUCUGACUUAAAA